GACAACGCCCACGGCUACGGCAACAACGGAGGCCAUCGCGAGUGGCAGACUUGGGGAUCGGUCUCUUCUGGUCCAGGCUCUGCAGAUGGAGCUGGGAAUGAGCGGGAUUCAAAGGACCUUCCUGCUGCAGGCCAAUGGGGUCAUCAAGUUUCCGGAGGAGAAGUUUGGAGCUCACGCGAGGGAAGCCUCCCUGGCGGAUGGGGACCCUCUUCGGAUGCCCAAGGCAAGAGCUACAAUGGACAGAAACUCGACGCGACCAGAGGUCCCUCAGAGCGAAUGGUGGUUCCCUCUUUCUCUGGAAACACUGGCGACAGCGGCGAUGACAUCGGGACGACGGCCAGGUCUUAUUUGAGACAGGUCGCAGCAUGGAGGCGAAUGACCCGCCUCGGAGAGGAACAACAAGGCCUCACCCUGUACCAGCACCUGAAGGACAAGGCCUGGAUUGAUGCAGAAAGAUUGGACAUGGACCAGCUGGCUUCACGCAACGGCGUGGACUAUCUGGUCGAGUGGGUGAGAGAAAGGUACCUUGAUGUUCAAGUCACGCAGGUGGGCCGAAGCUUGUCGGGAUUCUUCAGGAGUCUUCGCCGUAAAGCGAACCAGACGGUGCGGGACUAUAUGGCAGACUUCGAUAGGGCUCACUCUCGACUGCUCGAAGUCGGCUGCUGCCUCCCCGAUGUGGCGGCAGCUUGGGUGUUCGUGGACCGUAUGGGCCUAGAGGAGCAGGCGGAACUCAAUUUGCUUGCUUCGGUAGGCAACCAGUAUUCGCUAAAAGCUCUCCAACAAGCUGCCAUUGUUCAUGAUCGUGGCCUCAGGAAACCAUGGGAAACUCAGAGCCGAGCUCCCCGCAAGGAGUGGAACAACAACAAGAAGCCCUUCUCGGCGAACAUGGCCGAUGCCGAGGACAACGACCUCUUCGACAUCGACGAGGCCCCUGAGGAUGAUGCCGACGAGGAUGGACCUGUACCUGAGGAAGUCGCUCAGGACCUAUAUCAGGCUUACAUGACACAUGCUACAGCUAAGCAGAAGUACAGGGAGAGUGCAAAGCUGAGGGGAAGCGAUCCAGAAAGCCUCAAGUCCCUUGCAGCCGAGAAGCUCAAAGCUGCAAAAGCCCGCUCGUUUUGCGCGGGCUGUAAGAGGCGCGGGCAUUGGCACAAGGACGCCAUUUGCCCGCUCAACAAAGGGGCCGGCGCUACAACGACUUCUACCAGCGCGACCCAGAGCCCUUCCUCAGCAGCCUCGCCUAAGGACCCCGUGAGAGCCAAUUAUCCAUGCCACGUGGUCCAUGUCACUUGGGAGAUUGAGCCCGGCAAGCCUCAGGACUUUUUGGCCAUCACCGAUACUGCAUGUUCAAGGUCGGUGGUGGGCGCCAGUUGGAUCGACUCUUACAUUGCGGAGACCCGGAGGCAAGGAACGGAGCCUCUCUUCAUUUCCUGUAAAGAGGCUUUCAAGUUUGGUGCUUCGAAGGUGUUCAUGGCAGCCUACGGCGUGAUCCUUGGAUUCGAGAUCGGUGGACAUAAGAUCGCUUUGCGAGUGGCGGUGGUCAAUGGCGAGGUCCCGCUUUUGGUGUCGAGGGGAGCCCUCGGCAAAAUGGGGAUGGUGCUUGAUGUGGAGGACAACACGGCUUCCUUCAAGAAGCUAGGAGUGAGGAACAUGGCUCUCUCCUUGACUGAUUCCGGCCACCCCGCUUUUGUCGUGAAGCCAGCCGUUCUGCCCAAGUCAGAUGGCACAAGUUCCAUUUGGGAUGUUCAGGAGAUUCAGAUCUUUCCACGCGAGGCGGCAUACAUGGGCGUUCCUGAGGGUCUAGGGUUUCAAGGGUCGGUGGGCGAUGAACGUGAUGAAGAUGAUCUGUGUUCGUCUAUUUGGAUGGUGAGCUCUCGUGAUGUUCCAGGCCACAACCCUGAUGAGCUGGAUGCUUCUCUUGAACGAGAUCCCCGAGGUUCCUCAGGCUCCUUCAACAGCAUCUUUUACCCUAAGAAGAUUGGGAACGCCACGAAGAACCUCCUUCUCGAUGUGACCUUCAAUCCCGAAACCUUCGCGUCAUGGUGGUCUACAACAAACAUCUCCAAUGACUUCUGGGUCGAGAAUGAAGACAUGCUUGUACGAGUACAUGUAAUUCCCCGCAGAGCCUUCUUCAGCCCCCUCUACUGGAAAACCACAAACUCCUACCACAAACAAUCACUGCUGCAGAGUCUGGGUACGGUACGUACGAUCAAUGCCAUUUCGUGUAAAACACACAGGGAAUUUGCAGCUAUUCACGGCACAUGGGACAGCAGUGCAGAUGAUUCAGCUUUGCCGAUGCUUUGGGUUGGAAGGAGCGACCUUCUCACGGCUCCCGUGGUCACGCGAGCGAAAGUUCUCUCCGAGUUCACGAAGGCCGAGCUGAUUGCGGAGGCCACGGCGCGAAACCUAUGGUUCUCCAGCAGCUGGACCACGGUCGAGAUCCGCUCCCUCAUCCAGGAAGACAGAAAGAACCCGUCGGGCAACCACCCAGCCGACAGUGGGAUGAGCAAGAUGACGGUGGAUCAGCUGAAGGAGAGAGCAAUGGAGUUGGGCUACCACCUCCCGCCGUACGCGACGAAGGGGACGAUCAUGAGGAUCUUGCGCGACCAGAACGGGAUGGGGCCCUCGUCCAUUCUGGGUUUCGGAAGGUUCAAGGGCAAGAUGUUCAGCGAGACCCCCGAGAGCUACCGCACCUGGGCCCUGAGAGAAGUGAACAGCAACGACAAUCCCUCCGAGGACCUGGUGAUGUUCGCGAAUUGGUGGCAAGGGGAGUUGCACCGAUGGCGGGAAACGCCGUUGAGCAGGGCAUCCCCGUCGAGCGCGACGGGCUACUUGGACCCGGAGGAGAAUGCAACGAUUCCCUACGUCGAGGACGCGAGCUCUACUACAUCAUGGGACAUGGUGACCAAGGAGACGCUCAGCACGACGAGGCCCAAAUCGAAGGCGGCUCCCGCCCAGGCCCCGAGGACGCCACCGCGGAGGAGACCGUUCGAGAAGGAUGGGGCUCUGGUGGCCCACAUGGAGCAGGAUAUCCCCGCCGAGGUGAACGACGAAGUGAGGUAUUUGGAGGAGAUCGCUGAGGCGGAGAGCGGGGGCCACGAGGAAGAGGAGGUCUACUACGAGUGCGAGCCUGACAAGGAGGACGUUUUGGAGUAUUCCUACGGCAUGAGCGACCAAGAUGGAGACUUCGAGGACUACGACGAGGCCAUCGCCGAGGACGACACCGACGACAUCAUGCACGACCUCCUCGGGAUCAAUGCGAACGAGACGAUGGCGGUGAUCGGAGGCGACCACGUGGACGAUAUAAACUCUGGAGGCAGCGGGGAUGUAUUCCAGCGUGAGACCACCGGAGUGGGCAAUGCAAGCCGAGGACUACGGAGUUCAAAAGAAAAGGAGUGUGAGCAGCUGGCCAAGGCGAAGCUCAAUAAUCAGGACUUCCUCUACGACGACCUCCUUGAGAUCGUGAAGAACCUCCCCCUCACCAAGGCAAAGAAAGGGAAGGCCCUCCGAAGAUCAGGUGGCCUAAGGUUCGAGUACUUCCUUGGCGGCAUGUACACGCACGGCAAUUUCAGGGGCUUGUCGAAGCGGUCGCGUUCUUUGCCGUGGACAACCAAAUACGUGAACGCCUUUAUGAAGAGCAAGCACCAAGGGGCGUGGACGUCGUUCGUCAUCUUCUACAAUUCUGCCACCGAGGUGCACACAGAUCCCCACAAUCUCCCGAAUGUUCCUGUGGCCACGGUUUCCUUUGGCAAGUUCGAAGGUGGAGAAUUGUGGAUCGAAGAUGCAGAUUUUGGUCCCGGCACUCCAGGCGCGGUGCAACGAGUUGAUGCAGCAGGCACCGUCCGCUACGGCAAGACGGUGAGCACCAAAGAGCAAGUCUACACCUUCGACGGCAAGAUACAGAUCCUCGGCUCAGAGAUGAACUCCGAGAACUACGUUUUCCACUUCGUGGCCUUCCUACUCAGCGAGGACAACUACCUGGAGCAGAUCGAGAUCGGGGGAGUGACCAAGACGAUUGAAGCUGCGGACAUGCAGUACUACACCGCCGAACCCUUCGCCUACGAGUUCGACGAGAGCCAGGACGUCAACACGAGUAUGGUGCAGGAGACAGUGGAGGCCUUUGACCCCGCGGUGAUCUGGGUGCACGGGGACAAAGCGAACAUCUUCCUCGCCGAGAUUGCGGAAAUUCUCUAUGAGCACGUCGAGAAAGGGAGGCAACUGGCUCUGGAAGCUCCAAGAGAUGAUCCCUGCUGGAACAGCAGCACGAUGAAGGAGUUGUUGGACCGAUAUGAGGACCGAUGUGUGAGACGAGAUACAGAACCCAACGUCGUUCGUAUCAACGACAUCUUCUACCACCCGACGCCUACGUCUACAGACCCCUCGCAUCCGAUCCUCGAGCAGUACAUGGCGCAACACCUCAACCAGGAGGAGAGGGACGAGGAUGCAGCGAACUCCUCGAGAGGAGCAGCCGCCAUCACGUUUGAGAAGGGCAAAACCAUUGCUCCCGAGGUCAGGAGCUCACUCAAGCGACUCCACCAGAAUCUUGGUCACCCAAGCAACGUAGACCUGGCGAGACAUUUACGCCUUGCAGGAGCAGACCCCAGUGUCGUUGAGGCCUGCAAACGCCUACGAUGCCAAGUAUGCGAGAGGUCCCAAAGGGGAUCGUCGGCCAAACCGGCCAAGCUCCCCAACCUCUUGGACUUCAACCAGGUGGUGGCAGUGGACGCUUUCUACGUUUACGACACGAACAAGGUGAAAGUGGAGCUGAUGAUCGCCAUCGAUGUUGGAACCAGUUUCAUUUCCGCUGGACCUUUGCUUGGUCAUUCGACGCCUACAAUGGAAGCUUCCUUUUGUGCCAUCUGGAGCAACACUUUUGGAGCUCCUGGAACCCUUGUCUUGGAUCUUGAGUCGGGUCUACAGUCCGGUUUGGGGCGGUACAGCGAAUGGCACGGAACUCACCUACGGCCUAUAGCGGGACAAGCGCAUUGGCAGAACGGUGCAGUUGAACGGGCGAUCAGAACCUGGAAGGAGAUCUGGGUUCGAUUGGUGGAUGAAAAGACAGCCACCUUCGACGAGGCUGGGAUGGUGAUCACCGCAGUCAACUCGGCGAUGAACACUCUACGCCGAGACAGUGGAUUCAGCCCGGCCCAGGCCGUGUGGGGCCGCGAUCCGAAGCUACCUGAAGACCUUCGCUCAGGCCCACAAGAUGAGCACGUCGAGCACAUCAUCAGUCACGAUCGCCAGCGAGCACGCGAGCACACUCUGCGUAUCUCUGCGAAGGAAGCUUACUUCAAAUGCCAGAACGAUGCCCGACUACGUCGCAGCUUGUUGCAGAGAUCGAGGGUAGCAGGGCCAGAGUUGGAAGUCGGAGCUCACGUGUUUUUCUACUGCAAGCCCAAGAACAAUAAGAACUGGGAGUGGCACGGCCCAGCAGUGGUGAUAGGGAAGGAAGGACCCAACACAUGGGUGUCCUUCACAGGGAGGUGUCAUCUCGUGGCGCCGGAGCACCUCCGGACAGCGAGUGCGGAAGAGCUCGGGGCAGCUUUUGCCCUACGGGCGACUCAGGAGGACCUACAGCGGCUACUCGAGCAGGACUUCGCAGAUGAGAACACCUUCGAGAAUGAAGACAUGGAAGUGGAACAAGAUCCAGAGCUUCAACCUGGAGAUGCCGAUCCCCCGCAAGACGAAGGUGGAACCCGUCGCCGUGUCAAUCCGACACAACCGCCACCGGUGACAAAGCGCCACCGUGUCAAGGGUCCGCCAAGCGAUGAGGCCAUGUCGGUGGAUCACGAGGUGUUCAUGAUGAAGCUCCCGAAGACCCCCAGAGGCCGCGAAAAGGCCCUGGAGAAGGAAAUACCGUGGAGGUUAAUUCCAGAAAGCCAACACGAGGCUUUCCGUCAAGCAGAACUCAAGCAAUGGCGCGAGCAUGUGGACCAUCAGGCACUACUACCCCUUUCGGUGGAGGAGAGCCGGGCGAUAGCUCAGGAUCGCCCGCAUCGCAUCCUUGGAAGCAGAUUCGCCUACAAGGACAAGCUGUGGUGCCAAAGGAAAACCAACCCUGAGGUGGGAUGGAAGCCGAAGGCGCACCUCGUCAUUCAUGGACACCGAGAUCCCGAUCUUAUGAAGGGGCUCGCGACGCACGCCCCGACGAUAUCUCGCCAAGGCAUACAUCUUCUACUACAAGUGCUGGCCAGCAACCUCAAAAAGGGAUGGCGAGGCUUUGCCGGGGACGUCACCGCGGCAUUCCUGUGCGGCGAACAGCUAGACCGCGAGUUGUUCUUGCGUCAGCCUGCUACCGGUUUGGGCGACCUCCACCCUGAGCAACUACUCAGGAUUCAGAAACCAAUAUUCGGGCUUGUAGACUCCCCCUCGGCAUGGUGGGCCAAAUUCCAUCGCACAGUCAAAGAGCUCGAGAUCCAGUAUGACCAGAGGAGAUGGAGGAUCGUCCAGAACACUCUGGACCAUUGCAUUUUCAUGGUGCAAGAGGUGAUCACCAACGCGACCAAGGACGACGAGGUCCUAGGCGCUCCUCAAGCAUAUUUGGGUGUGCAUGUGGAUGACGUUCUCCUGGUGGGCGACGCGGAACUGUGCGAAGUGGUGAAGGCGAGGCUCAGCGCAGAGUUCCCUAUCCGAGAAUGGGAGGCGGACUGCUUUGAGUAUGUCGGUUCCUACAUCGAGAUUUUCCCCGACAAGGUCAAGAUCAGCCAAGGAAGCUACGUGACGACGCGGCUCUUUCAAGUUGAGGUUGACCGCGAGAAGCCCGACCACUGCCCAGCAGAUGAAGUUCAGAGGCACGACAAUUUGUCGCUGGUUGGCGCUCUUUCAUGGUUGGCCAGUCAGACCCGCCCAGACCUCCA